AACAAAUGAGAAAUGUAUUUUAAUUACCUCACAUUGUAUCUCCCACACUUUCCAGCAUAGUGUAUUUCAGUAAAAAUUUACACUGCACAUAGUAGAUGGCCAAUAAAAGUACACUGUCUUUCUUUUUUCUUCCUUAAAGCUCAGAGAAUAGCAUGCUCACCAAUCUAAAGUAAAGCAUUUUUACAGACCUGUAAUGGGGCUCACUCAAGGUGUUUUUUCUCCGACUUCUGAGCUCCUGGAAGGAGGGAAUCAGACUAGUACCUUUGAGUUCCUCCUCUGGGGACUCUCAGACCAGGCACAGCAGCAACACAUUCUCUUCCUGUUGUUUCUGUGGAUGUACGCGGUCACUGUGGCUGGGAACCUGCUCAUUGUCCUGGCCAUUGGCACCGACACACACCUCCACACCCCCAUGUACUUCUUCCUUGCCAGCUUGUCAUGUACAGACAUCUUUUUCACCUCCACCACCGUGCCCAAGGCCCUGGUGAACAUCCAGACCCAGAGCACGUCCAUUUCCUAUGCAGGGUGCUUGGCACAGCUCUACUUCUUCUUGACUUUUGGGGACAUGGACAUCUUUCUCCUGGCUGUAAUGGCCUAUGACCGCUAUGUGGCCAUUUGCCACCCACUCCACUAUAUGAUGAUCAUGAGCCUCCACCGCUGUGCCGUCCUGGUGGCCGCCUGCUGGACCCUCACGAGUCUUGUCGCCAUGACUCACACCUUCCUCAUAUCCCAGCUUUCCUUCUGCUCUAAGAUCAUUCCUGACUUCUUCUGUGAUUUGGGACCGCUGAUGAAGGUGUCUUGCUUUGACACCCAGGUCAAUGAGCUUGUGCUCCUGUUCCUAGGGGGAACAGUCAUUCUAAUCCCUUUUAUGCUCGUCCUGGUUUCUUAUAUCCAAAUUGUUUCAGCCAUCCUCAGGGCACCCUCUGCCCAGGGAAGGCGCAAGGCCUUCUCUACCUGCGGCUCUCACCUCGUUGUUGUUGCUCUGUUCUUCGGGACGGUGAUCAGGGCGUAUCUGUGCCCCUCAUCCUCUUCCUCCAGCUCAGUAGAGGAGGAUACAGCGGCUGCUGUCAUGUACACAGUGGUGACUCCCCUGCUGAACCCCUUUAUUUAUAGCCUGCGGAACAAGGACAUGAAGGCUGCAGUGGUUAGACUUCUCAAGGGCAGAGUCUCCUUCUCACAGGGCCAGGGCCAGUGACUUCUGCUGAGAAACUGAAGGUGUUCUCCUUCCCCUCCAGUGAGGGGCUUGACAGAAAUUUCUACCUCAAAGUGUCUCAUUUCUGAAUCCCACAUAUCCCUUUAUCAGCACUCCCCUCCCCAAGUGCCCACUGCAAGUUUGGUAUUAU